GCUUUUGCGUUCCCGCCAAAGUUGCUAACGACCGUUCGUCGGAGCUGGUUGAGAUCAUUAAUCAUCAUACAAUAACGAAUAAAAUCUGGAUCUUUACUCCGAUUAUUUUUUAUCUAGCGACAACAACUUUAUUUCAUUAAUAUGUCCAUUAAAAUAAAGAGUGUAGACGGGAGCGAAAAAGCAUCAUUGAAAAUCACCAAACUUACAACUGUGGAAGAGUUAAAGUGUAAGGUCGAAAAACAACUAAAUAUUAAAAGCGACUUGCAACGAUUAUUCUUCUCUGGAAAACAAUUAGAAAAUGGCAAUUAUCUUGAUAAUUAUAAUAUCAAUUUUAAUGACACCGUAUUGCUUAUGGUAAAUACAGAAGUAAAUGAUGUUGAGAAUAUAAAAAAUACAAAAAAGGAGAAAGUGAACAAAGAAAAAGAUUUAGAAACAGAAUUAGAAAAAGCUGAGAGUUUAUAUUAUAAAAUUGGUGAUGCAGUUGAUUGUAUGUAUGAAAAGACUGGUGCCUGGUAUGAAGCUAUUGUAAAAAAUUGUUAUAAAAAGGACAUCCAAAUGUAUUAUCAAAUAUCAUGGGAGUUUGAUAACUCAUUGUGUCCAGACGAUAUACCUGAAGCAUGUAUACGCCCACGUGCACAAUAUUCUAUACCAUUUGACAAAUUAUCUAUUGAUCAAAAGGUCAUGAUCAAUUAUAAUGUAGAUAAUCCGGAAAAAAUUGGACUGUGGUUUGACUUCACAAUAACUGAAAUAAUAAAGAAAAGAACAUUGCGAGAGUUAGUUGGAAAAUUGCAUAUCAAUAGCAAUACUUGUCUUAAUAUUCGAAAAAAGGUCAAAGAAGAUAUAUAUGCUAUAGAAGCACCUAAAUUAUUAACGGAAAGGACAAACGAAUUACUGAUAAGUAACGGCAAACGCAGACCCAUAGCUCCUAAUUGUGAAGAGUGCGAGGACAAUCCUGAUGAAGAGUGUCGAGUGUGCGGCUGUAAAGUCUGUGCGGGCAAAGAAGAGGAGAAUACGCUUUUGAUUUGCGACGAGUGUGACGAUAUGUUUCAUAUGAAAUGCUUGAAUCCACCACUCCUAGAACUGCCAGAGGAAUCUUAUUGGUAUUGCCCUGAAUGCAAAAACGAUGAAAACGAAAUUGUCAAGGCUGGAGACAAAUUAAAAAAAAAGAAACUUAUCCGCCCUGCAAAGGAACGAAAUUGGGGUGGUGGAAUGGCUUGUGUUCGGAGACAAAAAGUAUGUUAUAUGGUUCCUAAUAAUCACAGCGGACCGAUUCCGGGUGUGGAUGUCGGUACUACAUGGAUGUUCAGAAUACAGGUUUCGGAAGCAGGAGUGCAUAGACCGCCUGUAGGUGGUAUUCAUGGACGAGCAAGUGACUGUGCAUAUUCUAUUGUUUUGUCGGGUGGAUAUGAGGAAGACUACGACAAUGGUGAUGAGUUUUUAUAUAGCGGCUCGGGUGGUAGAGAUUUAUCAGGUAACAAAAGAACCAAUUCACAAAGCAAAGACCAGGAAUUAACCAGAAUGAAUUUGGCAUUAGCUAAGAAUUGCAAUGCUCCCGUAAAUACUAAAAUUGGCGCAUCGGCUUCUACGAACUGGAAGCAAGGAAAGCCAGUCCGAGUUGUACGCAAUUAUAAAUUAGGAAAAUUUAGUAAAUAUGCACCAAAAGAUGGUAACAGAUACGAUGGUAUAUACAAAGUGGUAAAAUAUUAUCCCGAUACAAGUAACGGUUUUCUCAUGUGGAAGUAUGUAUUAAGAAGAGACGAUCCCACUCCUGCACCAUGGACUAAAGAAGGAAAAAAAAGAAUAGAGUUUCUUGGCUUAAAGAUAUUGUAUCCUGACGGAUAUCUUAGUCCAGAAAGUAACGUAAACGAGAACUCAUCUAAGAAACGAUCUGUCAGUGACAGUAACGAAGAGAACAAUAUGCCUAUUAAGAAAUCUAAAAAAUCUAAGUUGGUUUUUGAUUUAGAGGAUGAAUUGAAAGAAUUAAUAGAAAAUGAUAAAAUAAAUGCUAAAUUGUGGGAUGAAUGUAAAGCGACAUUGAUCAAUGGAAAACCCGCCUUCUUGAAUUCUGUCUCAGAGAGAUUUAAGUGCGUUUGCUGUCUCGGAAUACUUUACGAUCCUGUAACGACACCUUGUGAACAUAACAUUUGUUUAAAAUGCUUAAUACGAAGUUUUGAUUCCGAGAUUUAUUUCUGUCCUACAUGUCGAUUUUCUCUAGGUAAUACUUAUGAUAUGAAGAUUAAUGACGCAUUAUCGUCUGCAUUAUUAUUAAUAUACCCUGGUUACAAAGGUGAACGAUAA